AUGGCACCAAAGAAACCAACCAAUCCACCAUCAAAACCCUCCCCCCCAAAAACACUCACAUCGCUACCACCCGACCUUAUAGUCCGCAUCUUCACAUACGUGCCAGUCCCAGACCUUGCAAAAGUAGCUCGUACAUCUCGACGCCUCAAAAUAAUCGCAUACGCUGAUGGCGUCUAUGAGCCGAAACUACGAUACUUGGGGAUACCCGCUCCAGCAAACUCGGACGAAAACUUGCAUGCCAGUGAAACCGAUUCACAUAUAUCUGUUAAAUUGAAGCAGCUGCCGGGUGGACAUAUGCUUGCUAGUGGAGCUGCAUAUCUGGAGACGGGGACGCUGUGGGGUGGGUUUGAUCCUACGCCGCCUGGGAGUGGGAGGAAUAGUGUUGGGGGCGUGAAUCCGAUGGCGCCUGGUGUUGCUGUUCAGGAUGUGGAGCCUAGUUUAAUCAGUCAGGACACUCUCGACCCAUUCGCACCACAAACACAACCAAACAUAUAUCAACAGCUCAAUUCAAAUGGCAUGCUUGCACCACCCAAGAAAUCAACACUGACGAUAGGUGCUGGUGGUUUACGUGGCGCCGUAGUAUCAGGAUCCGUCUCAAACAGCAGCAUAGGUAUCGCAUCAACGCGAAGUCCCUCCGGAAAAGUAGUUCGACAAAGCAGCGGUCUCCCUCAACGUGCCGCUCGAGAUGCCUUCAAACGUAUAUACGCAGAACUAUCGCCAUAUUACGUCGAUUUCCGUAAACGGGGUAAAGAUUCACGAGUAUUUCGAGAUUUCAAAGACCUGAUUGAAAUAGCAACAGUAUUACGCCGCUUGAAACUAUUCGGAAAUGCUAAAUUCAUUACAGAUUACGAAGAUAUUAAUUUCGCUCUGGAUACGACGAUGGAAUGGUUCGAGUCUAUGAUACUGGCACAGUUUGACAGAGCAUAUGAUAAAGAAGAUAUUGAAGAGAUGAGGAGGAAUGCUGUUGCUGCGUAUCAGUUGAAUGGUGGAGCAGCAUGUGUACAGUUAUUUAUCUCUAAAAACCCGAUAUUCUUUGAUCAUACCUUCAACCCAUCGCUCGUCGCAACAAAGCUACCACCACCGACAAGCAGCGAUGAUCACCGUGGAUAUGCCCUCGCAGACGACUUUGCUAAAUUCAUGGACCACAUGCUCACAAACUGUCGUAAACAGGCAACCAUAGUGUUCCAGGUAUUCCUGCCAGACAUGCAUGCAAUGACGCUAUUCGUAAACAAGGUCUUUGAAGACUCGAUUGCUGAAUAUCUGUCUGCUGUGCUUGAAGCUGCCCGUACUGGAGGAGACAUGACUGUGUAUCUGCAUACGUUGGCAACUGCUGUGUAUUGCUGUACCCAGUUCCUGGAUUUUAUUAGCAGUGUGCCGAAUGUGCCUGUUGAGGCUGAUCGUGUCGCGGUUGCUAUCACGGGUGUGUUUAGGCCGUAUACGGAUGCGUAUUUGAUGCAGGAGUUGGAUCAUAUGCAGAGGGUUUUCGCUGCAGAGUUGAGCAAAUUCAAUAAGAGGAAACGUAACAGUGGAGAAGUCCUAAACACUCCACCCCAACAACGCAAAAACCGACGCUUCCAAGGUGACGAACGAGAAAAACAUAAACGUCAAGUCCUCUCCACGGUCCGUACCGUCCUCUUUGCUCCAAUCGCCCUAGGCAAAACCCUCACACUCACCGGCAACAAUCGAGUCAAACCACAAGAACAGGGUCUCCUUGGCGACGACGAUGAAAUAUCGUCUCCCAUAGAAGAUACUAUGAAACUGCCAUUCUCGUCAAAGGAAGCAGCUACAUAUGAUCUAGAUGAUGAUAGUUUGAAUGCGUUGAUUUCGUUGGAGUUGUGUUUGAAUCUGAUGCAUACGAAUAAGGAGGCGCUUGGAAGGUGUCUUGUUAUUACGAAUGCGUGUAUGAAGGAUAAGAUGAUCAAGAAUGUAGAAAAGAUAUUCUGUUCCUUGAUAGAUAUUGUUAGUGAGAAACAUUUACGACCUGCACUUGACAAUGCUGUAUCACGAUUAGGCAUGCCACUAGGCUCAACGGGUGAUUUGGCAGCUCCAGUAGAAGACAAUAUGGACUCCAUUCAAUUCUUUGAGUUGAUUCAUAUCGCUGAUUUGGUACAGCAGAUGAUUGAUGUGUACUAUCAGGAAGAUGUGAAACCAUGGAUUGACGAAUCCGAUUUUCUAUCCGACGUAGCAGUAGACAAGAAAACAUUCGAACGACUCCUUGACGACAAAGUAGCUCAAGGAAUGGAUAAAGCUAUACAAAUCCUGGUCGCACAAGUUGAAGCCAUCCUUGUUGGAGAACAGAAGCCGAAGGAUUUCAAUCCGACUGAUAAAGCUGCUGUUAUUGAUGUUAAGGAAACCGUUGCUUGUGGAAAGGUGUUGGCUUGUCUUGUCACGAACUUGAAGCAGUUGUCUGCUGUUACGGAUAAGAAUACGUUGGAGGUGUUUUAUGGGGAGAUUGGGAUUAGGUUGUUUAAUGUGCUCAUCAAGAACAUCAAGAGGCAGCAGAUCAGUCAGACCGGCGCAAUGCAGCUCAUUUUUGAUUUGAACAAAUACUACAGCUGGGCAUCAUCACUACACGUCCCACACGUCACCAAGCUCUUCGUCGUACUCAAAGAAGUUGGAAAUCUCUUCUUGGCAGAAGGUGGACAAGACUUGAAAACUCUCAUACAUGAUCAACACGUAUAUGGAUCUGCGCUCAAGAUUGAAGAGAUUUAUGAGCUUUUGCAAAGUCGAACGGACUAUAAAAAGAUUCAAAAGUAUGUUGAGAGUAAGGAGUGUUGUAUUCAGUGA